UUAUCAGCCCAACCUCCCCUAUAGGCAAGUUGUUUUGCUUCGAACUGACUUGAGACGUUAAACCCUGUCAGGGGAGGAUUAUCGGAGCUGAUGGGGCUUAUCUUGGGGUUAUAUUGACCUCACCACUGGGAGGAGAGGACAUACAUAUCUGGGUCUGUCCAAGAGUGUGAGGCAGCGAUGGGGAACACCGGUGGCUCCACUGUGGAUGACCUGCAGGCUGUGGAAAUCCACCUCUGGUAUAAGAAGUUCAUGACGGAGUGUCCCUCUGGUCAGCUCACCCUCCACGAGUUCAAGCAGUUCUUUGGGCUGAGAGGUCUGAGCCCUGAGGCCAACGCUUACAUCGAGCAGAUGUUCAAGACCUUUGACAUGAACAAGGAUGGCUACAUUGACUUCAUGGAGUACGUGGCGGCCCUCAGCCUGGUGUUACGGGGGAAGAUGGAGCAAAAGCUACGUUGGUAUUUUAAACUCUACGACGUGGACGGGAACGGCUGCAUCGACCGCUACGAGCUGCUCAACAUCAUCAAGGCGAUCAGAGCCAUUAACGGCUGUGACCAGGAAAUAUCGGUCGAGGAAUUCACCAACCGCGUCUUUGACAAAAUCGAUGUGAACGGAGACGGUGAGCUGUCUCUGGAGGAGUUUGUUCAGGGGGCGAAGAAAGACCAUGAGUUCUGUGAAGUGAUGAUGAAGAGUCUGGACCUGACACACAUCAUGGCCAUGAUCCACAACCGGCGGCACAGUGUGUAGGGGGUCACAAUACACACAGCUCACCCCCACCCCCACCACCAGGACGGAAUGGGGCGGGGGGGGGGUGCGAUAUACACACCAGAACCUCACCAGUCACACUCCAAACCCUCCCCACUCUCUCCCCA